UUUUCGUUUGGUCACGGUUCGUUCUUGCGUUUCAUUCACGAGCUGCAUGGGUGAAUCGUGUCUUAAAUCGUCUAAUUUCGCAUUAGCCGUGCAUCUGGUUUCCAGUGCAGCUUAUAGUGCAACUGUUCUCAACUAUUACCGUUAUAAAUUCGACGGCCCAGUACAGGUGAAGCAAAAGCUGGCAGGAAUACGACGAAUACUAUUUUCCAUGAUUAGGCGCAUGUGCGCAUACAACGCAGGAAGGUGUCGGAUGGUAGGAACAUGCGCUGAAACAAAAUACAAUGCGCAUUCCAAUGGACAAAUUUCACAGCGAAGUGGUUCUGCUCCAGAGGAAGUACGAUGUAAACGGGCUAACCAGUGGUACAGCGAAAACACUCGGCAGAAUCCAAACAACUUCCACUCCAACACCGGUAGUUGACUCUCAAGGCAUCCGGUGGUAACGGCAGGCCAUUCACUUCAACCAUUCUAAAACGUUAAGCAUAAGAACAGCAACCGUACAAUUUAGAUUGCACUGUUCGGUCGCUCGCAACAAACCGUUCUUACAAAUGUAUUUUGUGUGUGUAUAAUGAUGUUUAAAAAGGGCUG